ACGAGUCAACAACUUCGAGGAGCCAGGAAUUUGCCCCAAGCCGGGAGAAGUCUCUCUCUCUAAUGGCCGUGGUGGCGAACGCCUGCGGUGCCUCCCAACCCGUCCGCAUCCCUCUCGCUCAAACUCCCCGCCUCUCCCCCCUCUCCCUCGCUCGCUUGAGGGUCUCUGCUUCCUCCCAGAGGCCCAUGCCCGAAGGGCCGCUCGUUCUCCACACUAAAGAGGUCGCGGCGCCGUUGGGGAAUUCCAUCAAACACCUCAAGGGUAGGCCGAGGGUCUUCUUCUUGGAUGUGAACCCCCUCUGCUACGAGGGAGCCGAACCCAGCCUUCGCUCCUUUGCUCGUUGGCUUGCACUUUUCUUUGACGAAGUCAGCCUCCGCGAUCCCGUCAUUGCUGUCUUGGAUGGGGAAGGGGGGAAUGAGUACAGGAGGCAGCUGCUGCCUUCGUAUAAGGCGCACAGGAAGAGGGUUCUGAGGCAAGUUUUGGCAUCGCAGAGUUAUCGGGGUUUUGAUAGUGGUCUGAGCUCUGCUGAGCAGCAAGUCAUGGAUGUUCUUCAAAAGUGCAAUGUUCCGGUUAUUAAAGUAAAUGGCUAUGAGGCAGAUGAUGUAGUAGCAACACUUACAGAUCAAGUUUUACAAAAAGGAUUUCGAGUUGUUAUUGGCUCUCCAGAUAAAGAUUUCAAGCAACUGAUAUCUGAGGAUGUGCAAAUGGUUAUGCCCAUGCCUGAAUUUGGUCGUUGGUCUUUUUACACAUUAAGGCAUUACCUUGCCCAGUACAAGUGUGACCCAAGCUCUGAUUUGAGCCUUCGGUGUUUUAUGGGAGACGAAGCUGAUGGUGUUCCUGGAAUUCAACACUUGGCCCCCAGUUUUGGUCGUAAGACAGCCCUGAAGCUCUUGAAAAAGCAUGGUUCUCUAGAAAAUUUACUCAGCACAGCUGCAAUAAGAACGGUGGGUAAAGAUUAUGCACAAGAUGUUCUCACAAAGUAUGGUGAUUAUCUGCGGAAAAAUUAUGAGGUUCUUAGCUUAAGGAGGGAUGCUAAUGUUCAGCUUGAGGAAGAUUGGUUAUCAGAAAGAGACACUUGUAAUGACUCAGCGGUGUUAUCAAAUUUCAUUACUAGGUUGGGCAAAGGCCAGAAGCAAGAAAACAGAUUACGAAGAAAAAUAUGUGAGAGAAGGAUCUCAUAGAGGAAUCAGUCUAUAUUGCUGGUGCUGUUUGAGGAAAUGCAGCUGCUUGAUCAACUGGAGAAUGGAAUCAGGCUUCCAACCUUAAGCUGGAAUUUUGUUUUGCAGCAUUGCAAGACAUUAACUAGCCUGGUUACGUGGUUAAAAUUUCUUCUUGUAUGUGCAUGCCUUAUCCAGACUGAUAAAUCUAAUGCCAAAAUUGCAGGCUGUCCACAAAUACAUCCAUUUCCACAGGUCAUAUUCCUUCAAGAUUUUGUUUUUGUUUUUCUUUUCUUUGUUUUUUUUCCAGGUUGUGCUCUAUCAUGUCAAUGGAUGGUUAAUGCUUUGCACUAUGACCAGGUUACUGGUAUCUGUUACACUAAAGUUUCAGUGGCAUUUGUAAUCUAAUAAAGCUGCUAGUAUAUCUAUAUCUGUAGAGUGAAUUGAGCAGGAGGAAUCUGGGAUGUCCAUCUUUUUUGUGCAGAGUGUUGCGUUAUCCUGUGCAUGUGCUGCUACUAUGUUUUCUUUGUAUUCUGAGUUUGCAGGUCGUAUAAAAGCUCAUUUCAUAGGGCUGUAUAAAUUGCAACCGUCGCAUUUCCUCAGGAGUGGGUCCUGACUGCAGCAUAAAGGAGUGGGUUUGAAGCUGCUUAGCUAGCAGCUAUCUCUGAUCUUAAUUGAAUGGCUUUCAGUUCAAUCCAAGUUGGAUUUGUGCCUGUCUGCUAAAAGGAUCUGUCUUAUACGUCAAAUUUGGGUAGUAGCAGUUCAUCCAGUUUGAGCUAUUGGUGACACUAUGAGGGUGUAAUUAAAUCAAUGUGCCGUAGUCUAAUUUGUUGGGCACUGUGAAUCCUCUAGGAAACAGUAAAUAUUUUGGGAUGGAUAUUGUAGAUGGCAGGCCAUCUGACUGUCCGAUCACUUCAAUAAAUCAGAGGAUUAGCAGCAUGCCAAUGCAUAUUAAAAAUGCUGCUGUAAAAUACCUUAGGUAGUGUUUAUAAAAAAACAUUGUCAAGUAUACUGGGCACCAUCUCCGGUGAGCAAAGCUUGGCUCUGCUGCUACUCAGUAUGACAUCUAUUCUCAUGUAUUUUCUCUCUAAUAUAGCCGGUGCUCCCUAUUUUUACUUUGUUGCCACUAUUUCAUGUUAUUUGAUAAUAAAGUAACAUGUUUAUGUUAUGAUGAGUUUGAAAGAAUGAAUGCGUAAGAAAUGCAUGAAGAGGAUAUUGCAUUACUCUCCUAUCUUGUAUUAGUCGGUCUGAUCCAGCAAAUAAGUUUAUAAGUUAUUAUUCAUGCAAAAUAUGAAAUGGGCCCUCAAUUAUUGUAUUGCUUUGUUCAUUGCUCAUGUGAAUGAAAUUUGUAUGUUUCUUCUUAAAAAUGUUGGUUGGUAAUCUCAUAUUCAUGUGAUGAAUUGCAUUGCUCUAUUCACUGUUCAGUGCUACCAAGUUGUUGUUGAGAAGCAAAGGAUUUACAAUCCAUAAUUUCUUAUCAGAUUGGUAGUUUAGGAUAUAUUUGGUUGGGGGUAGUUAGACCUUAGAAUGAAAAUGGAAAUGAAUGACUUCUAUUCUAGAAAUUUUGUUGGAAAGAGUUCCAUCCUCAUUCUAGUUCUAAAGGAAAAUAGAAAUUCCCCCAAUCCCCCAAAACCCAAUCCUUACUCUUUUGUCAUAAAUUUUGUACGUAAUACAUUUUUUUUCCAUUCUUUUCUACUAAUGUAUCCUGCUUUUAUAUAUUAUUUACUUAUUUAUGGACUAAUUAUGUAUUUUAUUUUUUACAGAUUGAACUUGCUGACAAAUGAUUCGUGCAUGACUUGUGCUGAUUGUUUAGUUCUUUUUCUUAUAUUUUGUCUAAUUAGGACAAGAGUAACUUUAUUUUUAAUCAAAACCAUAUAGGAGAUUUGUAGUAUUUUGUUUUAGGAUCUUAAAUGUUCUUCCAUAUUUAAUGUCUUAUAUCAAGAACUACGUGUUCUCUGACUCUUUUUGUUUAUAACGAAUUUAAAGGAUUGCAA